CUUCGCCAUGGAUAAACUGAAGAUCUCUGCCACCGUCUGUUCCUUCGUGAGCCUGGUGCUGCUCAUCAUUUCCCUGGUUACAGAUCACUGGGUAGUGGGCAGUAUAUUCCACCUAGGACUGUGGAAAGUGUGUCCUAACAACUAUGCUUGUCGAUCAAUUGGAACGCAAGUGAGCGGUUUCAUCCAUUCCACCCGAGCCUUUUUGCUGGUAGGGGUGUUGGCUGGUGCUGCCUCACUCUUUGGCUUUUGUGUCUCAUUUUACCAACGACAGAUCGGCCCCAUUUCUGCCGCAGUUCUGGCAGUCCGAGCCAGCCUUACAGCAGGCAUUUCUACCCCUAUUGCCAUGUCCACAUUCACAUAUGUAUAUUCAUCCUACGGCUUGGCACCAGGAGAGUCGUUUGGAUGGUCCUUUGGUACUGGCUGGGCCUCAUCUGUUCUGUUUUUAAUAACUGGUGGACUUGCUUACAAGAUAGUCUCUGAUACUACACAGGAAUGA